AUGGCUACCAUCCAAACUUUAGUCAAACAACUGAUCAUAUUUUGUAGAGUAACAACACUAAUUCUAGUAUGCCAAAGUGUGAGCACUUCAGAACGCAAUGAAGGUAAAAAUCAAGUGGUUUAUAACACACAUUUGGUGCAACGGGAGCAACAAUUUGUAAAGAAACAAGGUUCACUGACUCCGCCUGAUGAUAUUAAGACAAGUUUGAAACUUAACAGAUAUCGAGUUAGGAGGAAUACUAAACAUGAAGAACAGAAUGAAACCAUAUCUGGACACUGUGAAACUCCCGAGUUAUCGUGCAAUGGCUGUUGUGAAAAUGACUCAAAUAAUUGCUCUCAUAUAGUGAAAAUUUGUUACUGCGAUCCUCAGUGUGCAUUCUACAACGAUUGUUGUGUUGAUUACUACAAAUACUGCAGAAAGAAAAAACGAAGUUCGUUUGAGGUUAGUGAACAAAGAAUUUCCUGUUUAAAACCGAAUCAUGUAUACUUGGAUAGCAUAUAUCCAAUUUGGAUGGUCAAUAAGUGUCCGAUGAAUAGAAAAAUUGAUGAGAUUUCACGAAAUUGUGAAAUUGAUGAUAACAUAGAGUUGAAAAUAUCCAAUUUACGGAAUCUCGUUCCAGUUGUCGGUAAAAAUAACGUAAUAUUCAGGAAUAAGUUUUGUGCCCAGUGUAACCGUAUUGAGAAGUUUGAAUAUUCUGUCAAAAGAAUAGAAUGCUAUGUUAUACCGCCUUCCUCUUUGUCUCCCACUGAGUUGGACGAAUUUGCUUCGAAAUACUGUGAUAUAUCAAUCUACAUGAAACAUGGUCAGACUAUUAGACGGUGUUAUCAAACAGACCUUUGCCCUCCCGCAAAGUCAGAGAGAUGCAGUCAAAAAUUUGCAUAUGAAUGUGCCACUAAAGAGUAUUUGUGUCGAGGGCAUAGAAUGUCGAAUAAAAAAUUUAAGGAAUGCAUAUCAUCAAAAUCAGUAUCAUUGAAACGAGAUUACAACAAAAAUAUAAUUUUGGAUGAAGCAGGAAUGGCACCACCUCCUUUCAAUAUUGUGUUUGAUGUAUCAGAGGGUCGGUCAGUUAGCCAUGUGCAAGGAACCAAAUGCUAUUUUAAGGGAGAAUUUUAUGAUCUAUAUCUUCAAAUAUGUCGACCUGCCGUGAUCAUUUCACCAGUUAUUAAGGAAAACCUUGAUAGGUAUGAUGUUGCUGUUUGGUUUCAACCAAGUAAACGUUCUUUCUUGAACGAAACCAUUUCCUCUCUCGUACAUCUAUAUUCAAUAUCGAUCGCUCUCAAGUGA